AUGAGAAGGCAAAUUAGGAAGGACUCAACACAAAACAGAAACUCACUGACUCUCAACAACGGCAACGGCAAGCGGCCAGGAUCCUCUCGCCCACAGCACGGAGGAGCAGCUCCAUUCAAGAAGGCGGCCGUCGUCAGCCACGGCCCUCAGCGCGUGGAAACCUUCGCCGUCCACCACGAUGCCCUCAUGCUGCAGCCCGAGGGCGAGGAGGAGGGCCACGCCAUCGGACCAGUGCCACCACAGCUGUGGCUCGCUGACAGCGGUGCCACGGCGCACAUCACCAGCGACGCCUCCCUCCUCACCAACUACAUCGCCGUCACGCAGCACGUCACCGUUGCCAACAACCAGACCGUCACGGUCAUCGGCAAGGGCGACGCCGUGCUCCGCGUGACUGGCACCGACGGCGCUCCAGGCACCAUCACGCUGAAGAACGUGCUGCAUGUCCCCGACAUCAAGUACAACAUACUGGCGCUGAACCUGGUGACUCGCGCGCGUCGUGGUGCUUCCGUCGUCAUUGCUGUGGACGACAGCCGCAUCCAGUUUGCCACAUGGAGCGUGCCUCUGCUGCCGUCCAAGGACACCGGCCACCUCUUCCUCUACGCCAGCACCACGACCUCCCAACAAGCCACGGCGCUUGCGGGGGAGCUCGUGCACAGCAGCGAUGGGGAAGCCGAGGAUGCUGACGAGGGUGCCUCUGCACACGACGUGCUAGGCCAUCGCAGCAGCGCGGCCGUCGACGCCAUCCGGCAGCAGAUUGCCCAGGCCUCUUCCAAGCACAUCGUCACCUGUGGACCAUGUGCGCUUGGCAAGAGCACGCGCGCCUCCAUCCCGAAGCAGUCUGCUCCACGCAGCGCUGGGGCCAUGCCAGCUGCUCUACGCCGACAUCGCCGGUCCGCUGGGAGGAGACGUCGCUGCGAGGUGCACGCUACGCGCUUGACCUUCUUCGACGACUGCACGCGUUUUCGCCUGGGACGUUUCUCAUCCGGCACAAGAACCGACCACGCCACGCUGCUGCACAACAUCGCUCCACGCAGGAGCCUCAAGGACAAGUCACCGUUCGAGGCCCUGACUGGGCACCCCUUUGACGUCAGCCUGCUGCGCGUCUUCGGCUCGCCGGCCUACGUGCAUGUGGAGAAGAGCAGCACGCGGCACAAGCUUGACCCACGCUCACGCGUUGGCGUCUACGUCGGCUUCGCCGAGGAGGACCAGGCCCACGUCGUCUGGAUGCCGGACACGCGACGCGUUGUCCACACCAUCCACGCUCGCUUCGGCGCCAUCAAGAACAAGCACGCCGCCUCCUCUCAGCAGCAGCAAGAGCAGAACAGCGGUGCCUCUGCUUCGCAUGCCAACAAGACCGCUCAGCGUUCGACCGAGGACAGUGCCACCGGCGCUCCCCCUGCACCACGUGCGGGGGAGCCGCAGCUCCAGCCACGCGCCCUUGGCGGCUCCGUCUGGGACCAGCUGCUGUUGUCCGAGACCCUCGGCGACAAGGACACCUCUGGUGGCUCAACCACCACGUGUCACGUUGCCACCAGCGCUGCUGGUACGGGGGAGAAGACAUCAGCAGUGGGUGGUCAUCUACCAGACAUCGCUGCUGACAGUGCUGUCACGUCAGCUGAGCCAGCCACCGUCAAGGAGGCGCUUGCCUCGCCAGACUCUGAGGAGUGGCGCCAAGCCAUCCUGGACGAGUUUGCGGCAAUGCAGGCCAAUGACGUCUACGACGUCGUGCCUCGCGCUGACCUUCCCAAGGGCCACAAGCUGCUCCGCAGCAUGGUCAUCUUUCGGAGGAAGCGCGAUGACCAGGGCAAGGUGAUCAAGUACAAGGCGCGCUGGGUUGCCAAAGGCUACUCCCAGGUCCACGGUGUCAACUACACGGACACCUUUGCUCCGACGGCUACCAUCGCAGCCAUCCGCACCAUGCUCGCCAUGGCCGUCGCGCGUGGCAUGGACAUCCAACAGAUGGACGUCAACACGGCGUUCCUCAACGCGCCCGUGGACCACGAGAUCUACGUCCAGCCACCGGCCGUCGACGGGAUAUUCUCGCCGAAUACGAACAUCAACGCAGCAGAGAGGUAG